AUGCGUAACUAUGAAUCAAUCACUGGAAUUGCUGAUGAUUAUUUAAAGCUUACUAUUUUCUCUAUCUAUCUAUCUAUCUAUCUAUCUAUCUAUCUAUCUAUCUAUCUAUCUUAUUGUGUUCAUAUUCAAUCACAUUCUAUUAACGCCUCUCUUUAUAUAUUUAUCUAUGUCUAUCGAUCUAGCUAUCUCAUUGUGUUCAUAAAUAUGGGUCUAUUUCAUUGUGUUCAUAUUACGGAGCUAUCCCAUUCUAUUCAUAUCUAUCUAUCUAUCUAUCUAUCUAUCUAUCUAUCUCAUUAUGUUCAUAUUCAUCUACCUUCUCCUUUUUAUAAUCCUCGAGCCUCUUCCUCCUUUUUAAUCCUCUACUACUUCUGCUUUUUUCUACUAUUACGACUACUUCUUUCACUCGAAUUCCGCCCUUCUUUUCUUUUAGUCCUUCUUCUUCCUUUCAUAAUCCUCCUGCGCCUUCUCCUCCUCUUUCUCCUUUAUUUAUUUAAUACUAUUGCAACUAACUGUCUUUUUCUUUUCAUAAUCCCCUUGCACCUCCUCUCCCUUUUUCUACUACUAUUACUACUACUACUACUAUCAUUACUUGCACUACUGAUUCUUCCUCUAUUAUUUCUCCCUUCUGUUUUUUUUUGCCCUUCUUCAAUACAUAAUCCUCCUGUCUUUCUUUUUCUUUUCAUAAUUCACGUGCGCCUCCUCCCUACCCUCAUUCUGCUUCCUCUUUCUACUACUAUUACUAAUACUACUACUCUUACUAAUACUACUGCUUCUUCAUCUAUCAUUUCGCCCUUUCCUUCUUUUCAGAAUCCUUCUGGGCCUCCGACUCCAUUUCCACCUCUACCUUCUUCUUUUUGUACCACUACUACUACUGCUGCUACUACUGCUGCUACUGCUACUGCUUCUUCCUCUCUUAUUUCCCAUUUCUUUUUUCUUUUAGUUCUUCUCUUUCUUUUAGUUUUAGUUCUUCUUUGCAUAAACAUCCUGCGUUACUGUUCUUCCUCAUUCUUAAUCUUCUUUUUCUACUAA